CGUAUAUUUCAACUUGUGUGCGAGUGAGAUGUACUACGAGAAAUUUUGCGAAUACGCACAUUUAAUUUUGCAGCGUGGUUGUAAUGUGAUUUCGCCCGAGCAACCCAUAAAACGACGCUUUUAUGUGAAAAUCCCGUAAUUAUUGAUAAUGCAGCGUUAAUUUCACCUUAAACGCAUGAAAAUCGAAAACCAGCGAUGCUUUCUGUGAUAGCAAAGGCAGACAUUGUUCGUGUUAAGUUUGAAAAUUAGUGUUCCGUGUGCAGAGUUCCGUGAAGCGCUGGGCAUUUUAAUUGCCCUCGGUGAUUUCAUUAGUGCAGGAAGAAUGUGGUUGUGGUUGCAGAGGGUCGCUGAUGGGUGAGUCGCACGAUGGAGACGGAAUCCGUGCGCUCUGAGCUGAGCAGUCGGUCGCGGCGCAGCUCGAGGCAUCGGCAGCACACGCACAGGAGUACCCGAAGUUCAAAAUCCCAGAGAAAAGACGGCAGUGACAUAAUGGCUCCCUUUCAAACCAGUGUUAACAUCAACCCAGAGACCGGCCGGGACGGCCAAGAAGUCAUCGAAGUCCAAAUUCUUCCGCAGGAUGAGAACUGGGGCGAAAACACUACUGCCGUUACUGGAAACACAUCAGAAGGCUCACAAUCCAUGGAGGAUGUCAGCAACUGGCCUAUAGAGUCCGAUAGCGGGAUCGGAUUCAUGUGCUCAAGAUAUUUCGGGACCACUGUAGCUCUAGGGCUUUCUUUUGUUUCCUUUGUGAGCCCGUUGGCUAUGGUUGUGUUACCAAAGAUUGGAUUCUUUCCCGGACUGACUGAUAACAUAGCGAUACAGCCAAGCCAAAGAAUGCAGCUUUUAUCCUGUACUGCAGAAUGCAAAGGGAUCCUACUCUCUUUAGCAUUUAAAUUAGUUUUACUUGCCAUCGGAGUAUGGGCAGUGUUCCUACGGCCUCGCAAUGCAAUUCUCCCGAGGAUUUUUGUCUUUAGAGCUACAACUUUAGUGAUUCUCGCUGUAUGUACAUUCUCAUACUGGCUAUUCUACAUUGUUCAAAUAACUGAAGCCACUAAAGCGUUAGCAUUAGGUGAAGAAGCUGUGGAUUACAGUGCUUUAGUGUCCUAUGUAUCAAGCUUCGCUGAUACUUUGCUGUUCAUACACUAUAUAGCCGUAAUACUCAUGGAGAUUCGUCACCUAGAGCCGGUGUAUUACAUAAAGAUAGUCCGGAGCCCUGACGGAGAGAGCAAGUCGUACUGUAUAGGACAGCUCAGCAUACAGCGGGCGGCUGUGUGGGUACUGCAGAAGUAUUAUACUGAGUUCCCGAUAUACAAUCCUUAUUUGGAGAAGAUUCCUAUUUCAAAGUCACAAAGGAAACAGUCCAGCAUAAAGUUUUACGAGGUGGAUGGCAACUCGACGACGCAGGCGCCGCGCUCCACGACGGGCUCCUGCACGGGCUCGCGGCGCCGCGACUCGGGCUCCGCGCACAACGAGCGCUACUACGAGGAGGCGGAGCGCGAGCGCCGAGUCCGCAAGCGGCGCGCCCGGUUGUUGAGCGCCGCGGAAGACGCCUUCGCUCAUGUGCGGCGCGUGCGCGUCGCGGCCGCCAACGGAGCCCUGGGGCCGAGGGAAGCCGCUCAAGCUGUGUUCCCGUCAUUAGCGCGCGCCCUCCAAAAGUACCUGCGCGCGACCCGGCAGCAGCCGCGGCACUCGGCGGAGGGCGUGCUGGCGCACCUCGGCCGCUGCCUGGCGCGCGACGCCUCGCCGCGCGCCUUCCUCGAGCCCUUCCUCGUGGAGGCGCCCGUGCUGGCGGCCGAGCGGGAGGCGAGGCCGCUGCAGCGCUGGGCGCUCAUAUCCGACGACCUGCUGGCCAGGCCUCUAGCGGAUAACCAGGACUUCCAGUUGAGACAGGGUGACAUCUCCCUGAUCUGCUCCAUCCGCCAGCUGCCCAAGUUCCACAUCUCGGAGGAGGUGGUGGACCCGAAGAGCAACCGCUUCGUCCUGCGACUCAACUCCGAGACCUCCGUCUGACAGGAGCUGUGGCCCGACAGGCUGGUAUGACACGAGGAAUUCAUUUAGGCUUGCUAAAGGUACCUCUUUCUUAUGCCUAACCUAGUUUUAUACUAGACUCGAAGACCAACCAUUUUGUACUGUGGUUAAACUGAAAAACUGGGAUGGAACUGUUGUAGUCAUAAGCUGGUAUAACAUGAGGAAUUCAUUUAGACAUUCAAAUCCACAGAACACCUAGUUUCAAAAGAAGUAGUAUAGAGCAAUUUUUUCAUGAAACCGAUGCUGCCAAAAAUACGGGGGAGCGGGGGACGAGGUGAGCGAGUCCCGCGCCGUGAUUGGUCCGUUCAAAGACAAAUGGAGUAAAACUACCGUAUUUGUGGCAGAGGCGGUAUAUAGCGCGACUAGGUAUUAGGUAAUGCUAUGCCUGGAGGGUGUCUUGUCUGUGUGCUAAAGGUACCUUUCUUGUCUAAGCAAGUUUAACAUUAGACCCUAAGACCAUGCAUUUUGUAUUGUGAUCUGUAAACUCAGAAACCGUCUGACAGAUGUGGUCUGAUAAGCUUGUAGGACAUGAGGAAUUCAUUUAGGUUUAGGUAAAAGCAAAUGUUAUUAGAAAUUUGCUCUCUGGACGCUGUUACAGGAGUUUUCACUGAAAUGCGUACUUUUUACUUUUCCUUGAGCAUUACAAUUUGUACGUUCUGCUCAGCCACAAAUAUAAAUGAGAUUAUCAUUAGCUCCCUAUUAUGUUGAUAAAAUGUGUGUGAAAGUGAACGAUUCAAUUUGUAGGCAAAAUGCUUCAUUGCUGGUCAUAUCAAUUAGGUAACUGGGGACAAAGGUUUGAGAAACCCAUUUGUACAAUAUCAAAAUCUUGUAAAAUUGACCUCAUAAGAUUCAUAAUGAACUGAUACUUAACUGCUUGAAAUAAAGUCUGAUUUACAACGCCGCGCAUAUUUUAGACGCCAUUUUGUAACUAAAUGCAUUUAAAUGUAAACUUUAAAUUAAUUUCGUUAUUGAUAUGUACAUUUUUGUGUCAUAUUUUAGUAUAGUUUAGUCGUAAGGUUAUGCACAAAUUAUACUUUAAUGUAAGUAGGCUAGAUUUUACGAUUACAGUGAUGGUUUGCCUUUUAUUUGAUAUUUAGUAAGAUUAUUAGAAAAUUAAUGACUAGGAGACUUUAAUCUAGGUUGAAUAUAUAAAUUAAGAUAUCAGCGCCGAAUCUCACAAUAAACUUGACAUGAACGAAAACAUUAUAUUAGGGGUCAUCCAUUAAUUACAUCACACG